AUGGUGAGUGAAGCGCGCGCGGAAGUCAACAUCAACGAGCCGAGCAUCGAGACGCUGCAGGCGCUGCUGCUGCUGUCGCUAUCCUUUAUCGCCUUGGGGAGCGAGAAGAAGGCGUAUAUGCUUUUAGGUGAGUCGGAUCUGGAAUCGGAAUGGCCGUGGCUCUCGAAAAGAAUUCGCCUUCUACGGGCGCGUUUUGGUGACCAUGAGGGUAGACGGAGGAUUAAUGCGCUGUCGGGGAUCAUCGAUGGCCGCUUCGACCCGCAGACGCGAAUCGGUCCAUUAGAUGAUAAUUCCAACCUCGGAUCCGCCUCGCGGCAAGACAGGAGUAACCUCCAAUACCACGCCGGCAGCGGCAAGACAUCACAAGGCGGCACGGGCCUGCUCUUCGACAUCGUGAGGAUCCUGGGUAACACAUCGCUCUACCUCGCCGCCGGCGGCGUCAAGGGCGACAGCCACUUCCCCUGCCACAGCCUGUCGAACCUCUCCAAGAUCCGACAGGCGGCGCAGCUUGAACAGCAAGGUUUAUAA